AUGGUUAGUUUUUCCUACGAUCUUAAUGUUGGUACGCCCGAUCAUCGUUGUCGUCUUUCUAAUGACGAUGCAUAUAACAAAUCAUCCGAAACCUAUAAACUAUUUCUUACUCAUCUAUCUCACACACCGACAGAUUAUGAUAAAAAAUGUACAAUGUUCAAAAAUGAAUCUGCACGAACAUUGAAACCUUGUGACCAAGGUUGGGUAUUUGAUAUGAAUAAAUAUGGUGAAACACUUUCAACAGAACUUUCACUUGUUUGUGAUAAAUUUCAUUUAAGAGCAUUAACACAAAAUAUUUAUUCGGCAGGCGCAGCUGGAUCUUUAUUAACAGGUCUUUUAUCGGAUCGAUGGGGUCGUCGUAAAACAAUAUAUCUACUUGUCAUUUUAUUAGUUAUUGCAUUGAAUACGAUGCAAUUAUUUUUGUAUUCACCAACACAUAAACUUCUUGUUUUUACAAUAUGUCGAUUUUUUCAAGGAUUUGCAGUAACUUUUCACCAAGUUUCACUUGUUCUUCUAUUAGAAUUAACUGGACCAAAUCGACGCGUUUUAGCUGCUAAUACGCUUGCAUAUUCAUUUGCAUUAGGUCAAAUUAUGUUGGCUAUUGUAGCAAAACAAUUAAAAGAUUAUAAGUUAACAUAUUGGGCAUUAAAUCUCUAUGUUCUACCAUUUGUAUUUAUAUAUGUACUUAUACCGGAGUCUCCGCGAUGGCUUGUACAACAAGGUCGUAUUAUAGAAGCGCGAAAAGUAAUUGAAAGAAUAUUUUUAAUAAAUCGUCGGCCGUUAAAUGAUCGAUUAGAAUUAUUUUAUGCUCGUUUACCAAAUGAUGUUAUUGCUGCUAGAGAAGCCGAACAAAAAUCUCCAACUUAUUUCAAUGUGUUAAAACGACUUUGCCAAUCGAAAUUAAUGAGAAAACGAUGUUUACUUCUUAUUUUUGUUUGGACAGUGGCUCUCUCCGUUUAUUUAGGUCUCAGUAGUGCAUUACCUGCAAUUACAAACGAGCCUCAUGAAUUUUUCAUAGCCGGUGCUAUUUGUGAAAUGAUUGGUCUCAGCGUAUGUCUUGCACUUGCAUCGAAUGUCGAACGUCGUCGCCUUCUUAUCGUAUUUUUUGUUGCUACUGCUCUUGCUUCGGCACUUGUACCGUUUACAUAUGACAAUCAAAGAAAUGUAAGCAUUUCGUUUGCUUUACUCGGCAAGCUAACAGCAUCAUCGUGUCAAUUAUUAAUUGUUGUCUAUACAACUGAAACAUAUCCAACGGCACUUCGUUCAACAGGUGUAGGUCUAUCAGCAUGUAUAGCACGUCUUGUUGCGAUGAUUGGGCCACAACUUUCAGCUACUCAAUAUUCUAUUUGGUUUCCAUUACCAUAUAUUGUCUAUUCAUUAGCUUCAUGCUUAGCUGCUUUAGCUGCUUGUCAAUUACCGCAUAUGCAUACGCCAUGUAAACUACCUGAAACAGUUCAUGAAGUUGAAAAACAACAUACACCACGAACAUCUAUUAUACCAACACCGAUACAAACAUUCGAUCAACGGAGACCAUCAUCAGCACUUAUUAGAGAAUUAGGUGUAGUCAAACCGAAAUCUCCAAAACCAUUUAUACUUUCAGCAUCAAUACCUCCUUCACGACGUUAUUCAACAAUAGUUAAUCUUUCUCAACAUGAAAAUACUCCGUCUCGUCUUCCGUCGAUUCGUGAUGAAAAUGAGAAUGAAGAUGAAGAUGAAAAUAUAAAUAUUGUAAAACGUCCUCUUUCUGUUCUUUCUCGUAUUAAUUCAUUACCCACUCGUUUACUUUCAAUUCAUCGACGUGGUACUAGUCGUGCUGUUCCAAUUCAAAAAGUUUAA